AGCUAAUGAGAAAAAAACAGUAUAGAUGGUUUUAAUUACGUUGUCAUUAUGAAUGACAUUAGUGACGACUGGGACCCAAUAGGUGAUUAGAGAUAAUGAGAAGAAUAAAACGGUCAGAAAGACUAACAACGUUUUCUGAAAUUGAUUUUUUAGAUUUUUUAUAACCAACAAAAGAGAAGUUUCUUAUAUCGGUUGCUUUGCAGAAAUAUAAACGUACAGUGACUCAUGCGUCUUUAUAAUUACAUAAAGAAUGUACUUUGGAAGCAUAUAUAAAAUAUAAACGCGCCGGAGAGUACGUUUUAUAUUUUUGUUUAUUUUUCUUUCGUUGUAGUAUAGGUAAAACAUCACAAACCGCGGUUCAAAGGAAACGCUAAGCGUCCGACGCCUUUUUCUCCUUCGUCGCAUUUUUGUAUAAAAGGCAGUCCCAAGUUACGCAACGCAAAAAUACCUGUUUUCUGUAACAGCUAUAGAGUUGAGAAAAACAAAAAUAUUUGACAAAAGUUUGGAAAAGUAUAUUCUAGAUAUUAACAGGUUUAAUAAUAAUUUGACGAAAGAAACAAUUGAUAACGAAAGGACAAUCAUGGACCGGGCAUUGCCGCAAAUCCGACCGAGUAUACCUACCCUGCAGCCCGCGGAGUCUAGUUUUAAGUUUCGAUGUCAAAAUGAGAAACUUAUAAGAAGUAACAUGCAAGGCAUCGCGGGAAUAAUAAACGCUGCAAAGUCACAAUAUACGAAAGAGAAUAACAACAUUGCAACCACAGCUACAUAUGAUUACACGGGGAAUACGUCUUUUGAACUGGCCGGUGGAAACUUGGAAGCCAGACCUGAUGGUCAAAAUGACGACUAUCCUGGACUGAUCAUCGCUUUAUACUCAGUUGUUUUCAUACUAGCUGCUGUUGGCAACAUCCUGGUUCUGGUGACGCUGAUCUCAAACCGGCGCAUGCGCACUGUGACCAACUGUUUUUUAAUAAGUUUGUCCCUCAGUGAUCUUCUGCAAGCAUUAGUUUGCAUGCCAAUUUCACUGAUCGGACAGAUUUUGAAACGGUUCGUUUUCGGUUCUGUCAUGUGUAAGGUCUUACCUUACUUCAUGGGUAUUUCAGUGUCAGUGUCAACAUUCACGUUGCUGGCGCUUGCCAUUGAGCGUUACAACGCCAUUUGUAAUCCGCUAAAGUCACGUGGUUGGCAAACAAAGUCACACGCAUACAAGGUAAUUGCAAUCAUAUGGACGAUAAGUUUUCUAAUCAUGUCUCCGUUCCUGGUGUUCAGUAAGCUGCGUUAUAUGCCCUUAGUGAAGCAAGGAAAAUGCACACUCGCAUGCAGAUUAUAUUUUGGAGGAGAACAAGCACGACAAGCAUGGUAUGUUCUACAAAUCGUGUUUCUGUUCUGCAUUCCGGGCUUGGUUAUGACAGUCGCCUACACUUGCGUUUGUCUUAAAAUUUCAGAAGGUUUUCAAUUUGAAACAAAAGAAAAGAAACCAAAAAAAAGUUUUCCAAUGAACAUGAACGUUUGUAUGAGAAGAGUCAAAGGCGAGUCGAAUGGGAACGGGAAUAAUGUGAAUAUCAAGACCGAAGAUUGUGGCAACAAAACGCAACCUCUUUUAAUAGUGAGCGACGACGGAACCAACAGACUACAAGUUCCUGAUAAAAAGUCGAACGGCCGUCAACUAAGCGUGAGGAAAAGUAACAGAAAGAGAUGCGACUCGAGGAGUUUGCAAACGGAAGGCCAACUGCUCGCUAAGAAAAGGAUCGUCAAGAUGCUCAUUGUGAUUGUGGUUCUAUUCUUCGUGUGCUGGACUCCGCUGUUCAUUGUAAACGUGUGGAAAGCAUUUGACCCGAAAGGAGCGCGAAAAAUCUUCAGUGGCGUGAUCGAAAUAAUUCAGCUCAUGUCGUACAUAUCAACGUGUGUCAACCCAGUAACUUACUGCUUCAUGAACAAGAAGUUUCGCGAAGGUUUUCUCAAAGCGUUUAUUUGCUGUUUGCCCAACAGAUGCGCCGCAGCGGUCGAGAAUCAGCCCACCCACGCCAACAUGAUGGUCCUAUCCGAGAACUCGCAAUCUACAUAUCUGACGUCAACACCAAGAAACCAACGGCGUUCUUCAAACCGGUCAAGCAUUAAGUCCAACAAAAACGACGACCAACAACUGGCACAAAAAGGCGCUUAAAAAGGAACACAAAACGUCCGUUACGAAAAAACUGUUCCGCCGCAACGCAACCCCCAUUAAGCUAAAUGCUGUUAAAAAAGUUGCUAGUUGUACACGCUGAUCGCUAUGCUUAAUGUAUUUUUUGUGACACGUCCUUGCACUGUGACAAUUAGUCUGUACAGCACGUGUGUUCCAAAUAACUUAAUGGCCACGAUUUAUUUGUACGUACGCUUUCGACUGCAGGAACUUACAGAAACAGAAAAAAUGGCAGUGUGUAUAAAAACUUAGUUCCAAUCAACUGAAUGUACUUGAAACUUAACAGUAAACUUUACCAGUACUAUAUUAAUGUACCGGCAGUAGUUAAGAAUUUUGUAAACUUGUUUUACAAACAUCCUGUCCAUUAUGUGAAGAAUCAUCAACAAAAUUUAAACAUUUCUGUAGUUCAACAUUAACAAUUGACAAAUUUGAAUUCUCCAGAAAUAUUUUUGAAUUUUCGAAACAUUUUCCAAAAAUGUCAUUCAUUUUAGAUUUUUUUCUCGCAAUAUUUGAUUCAUUGUCUCCAUCGCCGCCGCAAUCAAUGUUAUUUUGCUUCAA